AUGGUUGAAAUCCGCGCUACAGCCGUCAAAUGCACAGAGGUGACUCCUCAAUGUCCAGUCGAGGACACUAUCUAUGGCUACGCGCCUGAUAUUGUGUUCAGCGUUGAAUUUUGUAUAAUAUUCGGUGUUUGUUCUCUGAUACAGAUCGGCCAGAUGAUCAAAUGGCGCCUGUGGUCUUUUAGUAUUGCCGUGAUUCUCGGCUGUUUGACUGAAGUGAUUGGCUAUUUCGGUCGUAUAUUACUCCACAACAACCCAUAUUCAUCCGCCGGCUUCAAGACGCAGCUUUGCAUGUUGACAAUAGCACCGGCUUUCUGGUCGGCAGCCAUAUACCUGACGCUGAAGCAUGGAGUAAACGUGUUUGGGCAACAAUACUCGACAUUGAGGGCGAAGUGGUAUCCUUACAUCUUUGUCACCUGCGAUAUCCUUUCGUUGAUUCUCCAAGGCGUUGGUGGUGGCCUUGCAGCAGCAGGCAAAACACAAAACGUCAAUGAUAUAGGCAGCGAUAUCAUGCUGAGCGGAAUUGUCUGGCAAGUUGUCACCUUGACGGUAUUUGGGGUGAUGUCGGGCCACUUUCUUCUUCGUAUAAAAGGCGCCCCGGGAGAUGGGAUGACAGUUGAGGCCCGAAAAGUUUGGAACAGUCGCAGUUUCUGGGUAUUUUUCUGGGGAAUCUUUGUGGCAUUUUUCACAACUUAUGUUCGUUGUGUCUACCGUAUCGCGGAAAUGGCCGGUGGGUGGGAAAACCCCAUAAUGCAGGACGAAAUUGACUUCACUAUGCUUGAAUCAAUGUAA